UCAGGUUAGCUGGUUAAGGUGAGAAUCGGUUGAGAGGAGCAGAGCGCAACGGGUGUGGAGAAGACAUGAGGUUACUAGUUGGGAUUGUGAGGCUUGUUGCUCUGGUGUUGAUGUUGCUCGUCGGUUCAUCGGUUCACCAGGCGGUAGGAGUUGGUGCUAUCAGGCUGCACGACAGAAGGACGCACGGGGAGCAGUGGGCGGAGGAGAGGAUGCAGAUGAGGUCCUACAUGACCAUGGACUACACCCGCGUCAAGCGGCGCACGCCCAAGCACAACUGAUCCAGCUAGCUAGCUACAAGAAGCUCUCAACCCUCUUUACCUCUAUGCUCCGGCAGCAGCGACCAUCUGCUGAUCCACCUUCUACUUCUUCAGUGUGUGUAUGUUAGUAUGUAUGUAUCCGGCGUGCAGAUGUGUGCGCGCAAAUUUUGCCCCCUGACCAAAUGUUAUUACUAGCCUAAUCACUAGGAUAUAUACGUACGCAGUUAUAGUAAGUGAGUAGUACUUACCAGUAGUGUUCAUUUUGUUCUUUUGGUGAAGUUGUGCUUAUUUACCAAUCAAUCAUAAUGGAACCGGAAAAGUCCACUGA